UGAGGACAACAGUGAUGUGAUUGUUCGCAGCACCACUCUUUAUCAAGCAAUGAAUCUUUUUCAUGGCGAAGUCAUCAGAAUCCUGGCUAUUGGUUAUGUUUUAGCAUAGAUUGCUUCAUCCUAUCCUUGAUCUUUUUUCAGGUUGUGCACGGGUUUGCUCGUUGCAUGGAAUUGAGGUUCAGAGCUUAGUUCGAUUGUAUUGAAGUUCAAUGUAGCAAUCUCCUGCGAGGGCAAGGACUAAUCGAAGGAGUUGAAGCAGCCAUGGAUGCGUGCAUCCGCAACUCCAGAUUGCCGCAUUUGAGCUGUGUGCUGAGAGCGACUGGGAAAUUCGAAAAUCUGAAAACAGUUUCUUUCAUGGUCACAGUUCCUUAGGGUUUUGGGAUUUUGUGCUCAAGGCAGUAGGGCAAAAGCAGAGUCUAUUUUCCCGCUUGUUGGUGAUGCCGCAGGGAUACAAGAAUCAUAUAGGGGUAUUGUUUAGCGCUAUUCGUAAUGGCGUCUCACAUAUUUCCGAGGUUUGUUCAACUUCCGUCGUUCUCAAUGUCCUGCAAACCCAGUUCAAUAACCUCAGGCAUUCUAGUCCGAGCUUCAGGGGCGGUCGUCUCGGUGCUUUCGCGUGCAUUAUCUUCGAAACCUGAGGGAGCACGACGCUCUCACGCCUUCAACUUUGAAGAAUUGAUUUGUAGUGCUGUUCUAAAUGACAAGAAUGCGGGCGAGAGCUUCUUGUUUCAGUCACCCCGAUCUGGCGAGAAUGUACUCGAAUCUGUGGCGACAUCUAGUACUUGCAAUGGAGAGAAAGGGCUAUGGAGUGUUAUAAUACCUACGUACAAUCGUCUUCCAAUUCUCAGGAAGUGCCUGCAAGCACUUGAGGAACAAGAGGGUUACGAGCACAGUGGAAUCGAAGAUUACGAGGUUGUAGUUGUAGACGACGGUUCUACUGAUGGAACUCUUGAAUUCCUUCAACCUAUUCUUAAUUCAGUAGAAGUAUUUAGAGAGAAACCUAUGAUGAAAAGAAGCCAGGGAAACGAGGCAAACAAUGUCUUGAAUGAAAACCUCUCCAGCUCGCCAAUACCUGGACACACCUGUGAUGGAACAUCAGUGCAAUCGAGCCGAGUGUUUCCGCAUGUGAAGAUCAUUCGACAACAUCAUGGAGGAGCAACCAGGGCAAGGAACUUGGGAGUUCGGACAGCAAGAGGAGCUAUUAUUGUGUUCAUUGAUUCCGACCUUGUUGUGACCAAAGACUUUCUGCGAGAGCAUGGUGCUGCUCUCGCUGAGGCCCAAGCUGAGCACGGGGAUGACAACACUUUCACAUAUGGCCGUGUUGUAAAUACUGCAAAUUUCGAGAAUCCCAAGUCUGAGAAAUUCAAGUUAACGGACAAUUCAGCUGCAUUUUUUGCCACUGGAAACGUUGCGUUAUCAAGGAAACUCCUCCUGAAAGCUGGAAACCUGCUUGCGUCCGCACAUGAUGGUCCCUUCGAUGCAGAUUUUAGUGAGUACGGAUGGGAAGACCUUGAGCUGGGGGUGAGAUUGAAACAGGUCGGGGCCAGAAUUAAGCAUGUCCCCUUGGCUGUAGGAUACCACUGGCAUCCAGCAUUCUCGAUGGACCAGAUUCCGAAGCUGGUUGACCAGGAGCGUCAGAGAGGGCGGAACGGUGUGCGGUUCUUCUUAAAGCAUCCCAGCCUUGAUGUUCGCCUUAUGACUCAAUUGACCCUAUUUCAUGAAGGCAUUUGGUUCCUUCUUACACUCGGUGGUUUGCUCACCGAGAAAAACUUGAGACCCAUUCUUGGUAUGCUUGUUGCUGUUGGGCGCCCGGGUCUUGCUGCCGGUCUGCUCUCACCUACACUGAACUGGCACACCGUUCAGGCUAGCAAGGAAGAAAUGAAGAGAUUGAAGCAGCAGGGAAAGUUUGUCAAGAGAAAACCGUAGUUCGUUGAGAAUACGUAGGCAACUUAUCUGAAAUGGAUUUGACGCUGCCAGCACGAGAAGGGUGUCCAUAUAUAGAGGUGUUCGGAUCACUCUUUCUCUGGCGAAGUGGGUGUAGCGCAGAAAAUGGCUAGCUUGGUUGAAUCAAGCUAGUAAACGUGCUCUGUAACAACCCGCAGAUCACUAAAUUGAAAACUUUCCCUUGGCAGCUUUUCAAAAAAGCGUAAGCUGAAAUUCUGUGAUUUUAUAUA